AUGUCUCGUUUGCUCUGGUGUAGCUCCAAACUGUGUCUAUCCAGCGUGUCUGACAUUACUAGCGUAGCGGACGAUCAGUGCACAACGAUGGAAGUUAGUGUUUACUUCAUAGUCUCAUAUUUGAUAUUUUUCUCCAAUCCAGGAUUUGCCACUACCGAAGUAUACGCUAAAGGCGGUAUAAUUCGAGCGGUCGGAGAUAUCAACAUAUUCCCUACGUCGGCACAGUCUGAGUACGAGAAAUCAUAUUGGCAGGGAUCCACUAUGGUACCAACGAACUACACAGGCAUUGUUACAAGUUAUGUAACAGACAAGGCCAUUGUGCCGUCUCCUAGUCGUUCACCUGAGAAGUUCGUGUCUUCUUCAGACUGUGACGAAACAAGAGCGAAUGCUGUGGCGUGUCUGAAGAUAUUUCCAGUCACUCCAGAGUCACGUUAUGAGAGGAUGUAUUGUAUGUCCAGCACUGAUAUCAGAAAAAAGACGAACAAUAAACAUAAGUGUAAUUGCGAGACCUGUAAACCUAACGUUCAUUGCUGGAUGUCAUGUCAGACACUGGCCAAGUUCGGCGAGGCUCCGGAAUCGGACUGUUUCUGUACUCCUCUGACAGGAGGUGAUGGGGAUGGUCCCAUCCCUGCAUGGUGUGUAAGUCCACAAGGACAGAUAGAGUUCUUCACUGAAUGUCACAGCCCCUCGUUUCAUUAUUCCUGUGAAUUGUAUAAGAAUUUCUUUGAAAAUUCUUUCAGCCUCACACGUGACCAUUACAAGAUUUGGAAGUCGUUUUCAUGCAAAGGUAAAACCGUUGAAAAAUCACUCAUAUCGUGUCUCAGUAAUACCCUUGUAACAGUUGUGAGAAAAAGAUCUGUGGCUUGUGAUGUUCCUUACAACGGCAUCACUUCCUGCUUGGAAUCUUUCCGCAAAAAACUGGGUUUGUCCUCCCAACAAUUAUGUCAAGAAGCGAUACAAAUCUGGGACCAAAUGCCCUCAAAUUACUUUCAGUUAUCUAAUGCUGACUUCGAGAAUGUCUUUUCCACGACGCGAUCAAAAGUUAAUGAAUGUUUGCGGGUUUUAACAUAA